GGAGGAUAUCUGACAUCUGUCAUGUGAGUCUGUGUUAGUCUGUGUGCUUCUGUGGGGACAAAAAGAACCUGUGAUGCUUAGGGGACAUGUGACAGGACUUUUUUAUUUACACAGAGGGCAGGUUUAUUUGAAAGUCUGAAAGUUUUCUUUUCAGGGAACAAGACUGAGGUGAAGCUCAGGUUUAGGUGUCCUUGUGGUGCUGCUGAGUGAUAGUAAUACAUGAUAAUAAACCCCUUAAGGACAGUAAAACAAGUGUGUGUGUGUGUGUGUUGCUUUUAUCUCUCAUCAGAGCACACACACUUCAGCAUCUGUGUGUGCAUGAGAAAGAGAGAGAUAUAAAGCAUAUUCAGUCCACUGAAGUGUGUUCUGAGCCUUCACUGCAGAGGAACACUGCACCGAAAAGAUGACAGAGCUAUGUAUCAUCUUCUUCUUCUUGACUAAACUUGUCAUGACCUCUACAUACAAAGAUUCCACAGUUCAGUGUUACAAACAUCCAGAAAGAGACAACAUCAGUGUCAUACAAGGAGAAGCACUGCACUGUCCGUGUGCAAAUAAUGACUGCAGCCAAGAAACAAAUCACACAAUGAUAUCUUGGUUCAAAAAUGGAAGUGACGGAAUCCAGAAGAUCACAACAGACGAGAGUGCACGAGUCCAUCAUCAUGGCCCAGAUCUGUAUAUCCUGCCUCUGACCGUGAAUGACACAGGCCUUUACAUUACACGCUGGUGGGAGACAGAGGAGAACUGUAAUGAAUUUGAAACAUACAUUGAGGUUUCUGAGGAGUUCCACACUGAUCAGCUAUAUUCAAACUCAUCAGAGGAGCCAGCCAAUGUGUGGAUUUCAUGCCCAGUGUGUGAAAACCAAGACAAAACUCUUAUCUGGUACAAGGACCUCCAUCUGAUCCCUGGGAGAUCUGAGGAACAUUUGCGUAUUUCUAAUUUUUCAAAAAAAGAUGAGGGCAUCUACACCUGUUUGUGUACUUGGGAGCAUAAUGGCAUAAAAUACAACACCAGUGGAUCCCGCCAACUGCACAUCACAGAACCUUCAACAAAUUUUCCUACAACGAUUCUGUAUCCAAAUAACAUGUCUGUAGAGUUCGUAGAUCUGGGUUCUAAGGUGGAACUGAAUUGCUCUGCAUUCUUUGGCUUCAACGUGAGAGAUCAGUGCUCGGUUUUAUGGCUCAGGAACAACACCCAGCUGGAUGGAGCGGAGGGGUAUACAGUUUAUGAAAGGAAGGAAACAGAAACAUUUCAUUCAUUCCUCACUAUCCAUAAGGUUUCUGAGAUGGACCUUCAGUCUGAGUUUCACUGCAAAGCUAUAAGCCCAUAUAAAUGGAUGUAUGUAAUCAUUACUCUCAAAUCCAGGGAAUCAGUGCUCCCAUUGGUUGUGAUGUUUUUGUGCAUCUUUUUGAUUAUUUUGCUGGCUGCUGGUACAACAAAGUGGUAUGCCAUGGAUCUGGCCUUGUUUUUCAGAGGCUUAGGACUUGUACAGAACAAAAGAAAUGAUGGAAAAAUAUACGAUGCAUAUGUGAUCUACCAGAAGGACAAUGUCGAUGAGAAAAUGAAAAAGAAGUUAGCUCAUUUCAUCAACAGUGUUCUCCCAGCCAUCCUGGAAAACCACUGUGGCUUUAAACUCUACAUCCACGGCAGAGACGACCUGCCUGGAGAAGACUGCAUUGAGCUCACUGAAAUGAGAAUGCAGCUCAGCCGAAGGCUGAUAGUGGUGCUAACUCCAGGGUUCAGCCAAGAACAAGAUCUUAUGACCCCAGCACAGGGUUACGACUGGCAGGUGGGGUUACAUCGGGUGCUGGUUCAGCAAGAAACAAGCAUGAUUCUGAUCCAGCUCGGAGAAAUUAAGGAUUACUCUCACUUGCCCCUGGGUCUGCAGCAUCUCCUGCAGAAGAGCCCGCCGCUAAAAUGGAACGAGGGGAGUCGCCAAGCAGCUUCCCCCAGCUCUCACUUCUGGAAGCAGGUCCGCUACAUGAUGCCUGUCAUCCCUGCACAGCAGUGCGGUCCAAAUCUGGGUUCUCUCUAA